AUACUCGAGCACGUCCUUGAACUCAAGCGCCACUCUCGAAUCUGGCUAUGUUCAACUGUAGCUUUCAUGUUCAUUCCUCUCCGUGCAGCUCACCCCUUUCAAACAAAGGCAGAUCGUUCUGGCAAGGAGCCAUGCCUUCAGGAUCUCUACAUCUACUCUUGCACGCCGACACUUUCAGCUCUGAUCAGAUCUAGACACUUGAUAAAAAAGCACGUACCUCCAUCCUUCAUGGCGAUCGGACAAGGUCAACCGGGCGCAGGGAAAAGCAAGGCGUUCUUGGCUGUUGACAGCGAGCCCGAGCUUGUCCAUAAGCUCGUCCCUACGACGGCCAGCCGCACCACUAUUUCUGGUGAUGCAGCCACACGAGUAGGCGCACUCGAAGCUUUGCAGCAGAAAACUUGUCAUGGUAAGCAGGACCACGCGCAACCUUACAAUUCGCAUCUUGUUAUGAGAGACGAAUAUAUGAAGCUGCUCGAUAUCAUGGGGGAGAAAAUCUUGUCGACGUGUCAUACCGCUGUCGGCGACGAGAAGACGCCCAACAAAGCGACUCACCUUGCACAUGGCCUCCAGUUUUCAGGGUUCAAGACUGUUGUUGGCACUCUGUGGGAGGUCGACGAUACUAUCGCAAAACACAUUGUCAAAGCUUUCUACACGAAUAUGUUCAAAUAUUGUAGUCGUUUGGUAAAUUCACAAUUUAUUAAUUUGCAAUUCUCUUCCAUCCUGUUGUAA